UCGGACGUUUCCACAGUUUGACAUAUCAAAAUGGCGAACCGGGAUGAAUUGGUGAGGGAGUUUGUUGCAGUUACCGAUGUUGAUGAAGAGAGGGCUCGGUUUUUCCUUGACUCGGCCGGGUGGGAUUUACAGCUUGCGCUUGCGAGUUUCUUCGAGGAUGGAGCAGAUGAUGAUAUUGUCACUCUUCCUCAGUCAGAAAGCGGCCCAGUGACUCGAUCGACAGGGCCGAGUGAACACAGAGUGACAUCCUUCAGAGACUUGAGGCAUGAAGAUGAAGAGGAGAGUGAUGAUGAAGGUCAGAGGUUCUUUGCUGGUGGUUCAGAACGCAGUGGACAGCAGAUUGUUGGCCCUCCCAAGAAGAAGAGCACGAACGAGGUGGUUGAGGACUUGUUCAAGGGUGCUAAGGAGCACGGGGCCGUCCCAGUAGACAGAGUUGGCAAGGGGCUAGGGGAACCUAGCAGGUCUAAGCCGUUUGUAGGAGGUGGAUAUCGGCUGGGCGCAGCCCCAGAGGAGGAGUCUGCUUACGUGGCUGGAGACAGGAGAGCCUCUGGUAGUUCACAAGACGUGCACGUGGUGCUGAAGCUGUGGAAGACUGGGUUCAGCCUUGACGAGGGCGACCUCAGAAACUACAGUGACCCCGGGAACGCCCUCUUUCUGGAGUCUAUCCGCAGGGGGGAGAUUCCCUUGGAGCUGAGGCAGCGUGCCCGGGGUGGGCAGGUAAACCUGGAUAUGGAGGACCAUCGGGAUGAGGACUUCUCUAGGCCCAAGCCUGCCUUUCGUGCUUUCACUGGAGAAGGACAGAAACUUGGCAGCGCCACUCCAGAGCUGGUAUCGGGCCCAAGAAUGAGUCCGCAGGAUCAGGCUGUGAGCGAGGCUCAGGCGAGCGCUUCCAUCAGCGUGGAUGACUCGCAGCCUGUCACCAACAUCCAGAUCAGGCUGGCCGACGGGGGCCGGCUGGUGCAGAAGUUCAACCACACCCACAGGGUUUCUGAUGUGCGUCAGUUUGUGGUGAGCGCUCGCCCAGCCAUGGCUGCAGCCGAGUUCGUUCUCAUGACGACCUUUCCCAACAAAGAGCUGAUGGAUGAGAGCCAGACACUGAAGGAGGCCAACCUGCUGAAUGCCGUGAUUGUGCAGCGGCUAAAGUGACGACGCCCUCCGGUGGCCUGCUUUUAUCACUGCACUCUUGAGCUUCCUCAUCGAUGGGAAACUCAUGGACUUGAGGACUUCUAACUACUUUUUUUGUUUGUUUUGUUUGUUUCUUUAGUGACAUUUUUCCUCUUCAGCAGUUUGUGGCAGUGGGUACAUCUGGAUUAACAGAAUGGGGUUGGGGAGAAUAAACUAGGUUCUGUGAAAUGCUUUAAGGGAAGGUGAGAGAAGCAGAUUGGAAGUUUAACAGCAUAUUUUACGGUUUGAAAAUACUGGGUGAACACUUAUCCAAAUUAAGAAAUAAAGAGCUUUCUAAAAAGUUUUGACAGGCUUUUACCUAAGUAUUUUGUGAAGCAAUUGUGCUGCUCUCCUUUUACCUCUUUAUCUUUCUCGGUUCUCCCGUGUAGUCCCUCUCUCACCAUAACCUUCGCUCUCACCAAACUCACUCUGUGCCAGUGCCAGUAGCCUUACAUCCCAGCACCCAGUCCAAUGGACCGUCACAUUCUACUACAGCUGUUGAAGACACAAAAGAAUUGCUUUUUCUUUCUAAAGAUUACUUUUUUACUUUGAGGGUUAUGAAUUUUAGCACUGCAGUGUCUAAUUUUGAUGGGACAUGCCAUAUUGAUUUCUUUUUUUUCCUCCAAUUAUAUGCUAGCAAGAUAACAUUAGGUGGUUUUGAGACAUUUUUGGACACUAUUGCUGGUUAAAAUAUUGGCAGACAUCUUGCAUCAAGUUCCUGUAGAAACUGGAGGAAGUGCGUGAUGUGGAGCUAAAGUAAACCUGUAAUUAAAAUCUCUCUGUCUGCUGUUG